AUGUUUCAUUUUCCUUUUCCAUUUUCGCAGACUCCAAGCAUACGAAUGGUGGUCGCGACAAACAUGCUCGUGGCUAUGUCAAAUUUAUCUGUUGCUGAAUUGAAUAAGAGGAAGUGGCGGAUGGAGUUCCAUAGAUCUAUUUAUUUAUCAAAAUCAGAUUUCGUUUCACCACUCCCACUCCUUUUUCUCUUUGACAACAACUCCUUUUUCUCUCACUUCAAUGCAGAGUCCACAGAGCCAUAUACCUUGAUAUCUUUUUCAAACUUUCGAGAUGUAUGCUGGUGUGCAUCUUCUGUGAAUCCAGUAGAUCUUGCAAGAAAUAACCAAAUGUUGUUGAAGGUUGUGAAUCCAGAACAAGUUAGCGUAUGGAUCAUUGGUAAAAGAUUUGCUUUAUAG